UCCAAUCCUAGAGCCAGCAUACUAGGUCCACAGUCCACGAAGGUUUACAGUAAAACAUUUUGUUCGUUUGCUGUGAGGUGUUACAUCGUAGAGCACCGAAGUUGAGAUGUCCGAGCUUGGAAGGCGUGCACGUGACCUUCUGAAGGAGCUCAAGAGCUAUGGCCCCCAAACACUAUCACCUUACAACGAGGAGCUAAUUCGGCUUAUAUUCAGCGAAGUGGACGAGCACAACGCGCAAACGGAGGCCAUAGUCAGUGAGCUACGACGACGACAGCAGGAGGGCGAGGAGAACCAGGAGGUCGAUGAAGUGACCGCUACCACCAUGUGCCUCCACUACGAGUGCAUAAAGCGCAACAAGCGCCUGCUCCUCAUCUACAUGAACGAGCGCAUGCAGCGGCUGCGGGAUAUGCGGUGGACGCAGCGCACCUUGCCGGAGGCGCAGAAGGCGCGCUGCUGCCAGAGCGAGAUACAGUUCUACAACGACUACUCCCGGGUGCUGUCGACCUACAUGUCCCGGUCCGAGGGGGUGGGCAUGGACUUGACGCUGGACACCAAGCCACCCAAGGACACCUUUGUCAACGUGCGCGGUCUCAAGGACGCAGGGGAGGUCAUUCUGUCGUACGGCCGCGCAACCAUUCUGUACGGCACCACGGUCAGCCUGCCCGCGGAGGAGGCGGAGCCGCUCAUCCGUGAUGGCACGGUGGAGCUGGUGGAGUGGGACGACGGCUUUGGGCGCAACAAGCAGUAGAAGUAGUAGCAGCAUGGGCAG